GGGAAGACCUAGUGCUGUAGUAUGUUAGCACAUACAACCACCACCACCACCUCUAAUUCUCUUUCUCUAAUUACCAACAAACAUGUCAACGGCUAUUAUUUCUUCUUUCUUCGAAUACAGAGAUGUCUCUAACAAGAAACUGUGUGUGAAGCCAGAUACUGUUUUCUUGGAUGGGGAACUUAACAAGUGGUAUGGGAUCCUCCCCCAGAAGAUUUUGAGCAUUAAACACUUUCCUGCAUUCUGAGCAAUAAAAUGUUGAACUACAGCAACAACAGCAGUCUUAGUGGACCUCAGAUGACGUCUGUGCCAUGCUUCAGUGCCAGCUACUCUUCCUGUGUCCCCGCUGGGUCAUUGCUUGACAGGAAGGUGGUGGGGGCCCCCUCUGCUGGAGGCCUGUUCCAACGGCGUCAUUCAGUCAGCCUCCCCAGUGCAAAGUUUAGCCAGAACCAGUUUGAUAACAGCCUUAAAACGGACCCGUUAAUAGCACUGGGCAGCAACAAGGAGAACCAUUUCCGUGAACGCUCCUUCUCAGAGCUGGGGGACCGUCUGCGGCCCGGCAGUCAGGCAUGUGUGGGUGGAAGCGGCCAGGACAACUCAAGCCGCUAUAAGACAGAACUGUGCCGGCCUUUUGAGGAGAACGGCACCUGUAACUACGGCGAUAAGUGCCAGUUUGCCCACGGCAUGCACGAGCUGCGCAACAUGAGCCGCCACCCGAAGUACAAGACUGAGCUGUGCCGCACCUUCCACACCAUUGGCUUCUGCCCUUAUGGCCCCCGCUGCCACUUUAUCCACAAUGCGGAAGAGCGCCGUGGGCCCCCUCCCCUCGCUGCCUUCAACAAGAGGGAGCGCACCCGGCUGCAGCACAGCUUCAGCUUCGCUGGCUUCCCCAGCCCCGGCGGCCUGCAAGACUGCCCUACCUCCGUCACACCUCCACCCAUGUUCUCCACCAAAGGCCUGAUGAAGUGGCAAAGCAACCCCUUUACCUACUCCAGCCAGGAACUUGCCUGCCUCUUCGGUGCCAGCUUGGGGCCCCCACCUGAGCCUCAGAGUCCAGCCCAACCUUCCCCUAUGUCCCCCUGUUUUUUCCAGCCCACUUUAGAGAGUCCCCCAAAUCUCCCAGACUCCCUGUCUGAUCAGGAGGGCUACCAGAGCAGCCUGGGCAGCCACAGCGACUCAGAGUCCCCCCUCCUGGAUGCCUCCCGCCGCCUCCCCAUCUUCAGCAGGCUCUCAGUCUCUGAUGAUUAAGGUGUCUGCGUCCCUGGGCUGAGAUGGGAGGAGGGGGGGGGUUCCACGAGAGGAAGAGGGAGACUUCACCUCCACCGCCUUCUCCUAUCAAUCCUGUUCACAGGAUUGUUGUAGCCAGUGAGUCACCUCAGAACACCAGACGCCUUGUCUUUUAGGGACCCCCACCCACACAAAAUCCAGAUCAAGUCUUUUCAGUAUGAUGAACAGUUGGUAAACCAGAAUAUUAUUCAUAUGCAGGCCCCACAGUGGUGGCCUGCAUGUGAAAGAAUGUGAAAUGUAGCUCUGAUCACAUGAUAGAGUAGUUGAAUAUGACUGAUUCUGUCAGAUUUAGAAAAGUGCCUUGAGAUGACUCUUGUGAAGCCAACAGUAAGCCAAGACUUUUUCCAGCUUCCUGUUUCUUACAGGCUGCUUUCCAUCAGUCAUGCUGCAGUGCUGCAGAUGUGUGUCUUGUUUUGAUGGAGGCCAGUUAUCAUUCUAUUUGCUGCUGAGAGACUUUAUUUUUGGGGUUUGAAUGCACACAGGAAUUAAAAUGACCUCUGAAGUUGAGUUACAGGGUCACUUCACCCAGACUACUUUCUUUCACAUACCUAUUGUGGUGUUUAUGUUUUAGCCAUGCAGAUAAUUUGGGUCUCUGAGAUUUCUGCCUCUAUCCAAUACAGCGGCGUUAGGUCUGCCUAUAGCAUUAGAGUUAGGUGUAAUAAAGUUUGGUCCAGGUCAGGCUUCUGAAUAGUCCAUAGAGCCUCAGGAGUGUUCACACUGAGCUCUAUGGGGUGAUGAGGAGCUGGGACUGUGCCAGCAGUCUGCAGCUUCCUGGUGCUUGUUGGUCAUCUUAAAGUCUCCUGUUGAUUCUACCAUGUUCAAUGUUAAGAUUAUGAUGUUAAUAAUUAUUAUUGUCUAGUUAAUUUCCCAAAGCCUUCAGAGUAAGGGCUUUGGCUGUCACUGAUUAUUUAUCAAUGUAUUUAUUGCUGAUCUUAAGCUUUUUUAUUUUGUUUUUCUGGUUAAUUAAACAAUAGAAUAUAUAUUUUCUUCUUGUUAAAUUAUGAUCCACCAUAUUAGAUUGUGCGGAGCUGUUUAAUAAUUUUUUUUCCACAGUUUUAAUAUAUUAUACUGGAGUGAAAUUUUUUUUGUAACCCUUGGUCUAUUUUGAAAGUGAGUCUUAAUUCAAAUAACUUAAAACAAAAUGUUUAGUAUUUUAUACAUGGCAUGCUCCUCCCACAUGUUGGACUGUGAGUCCUGAAGGCACAAAAUCAUUGCCCCACUACAGCUGCCAUAAACAACAAGUUCAGAUGCUGAAAAAAGCUAAUACAGUUCAUGAACAGAGGCUGUGUCCGAAAAGUCAAACAAAUCACUUUUCCUAACCACUUCUCCUUGACCUCGAUGGAAAACAUUGAGAGGUCAAGGAAAGAUGUGGAGAAUCCAUAAGGACUUAGGAGAAGAGGAUGGCGGUUCUAAGAGAAUGUGACUGCUCUUUUCUAGGCGAAGUAAUUAUGUGACAGCGAAUGUUACUGAUGUGACCUGCCGUGAUGAAACUACAAUGUUCUGAAUAUGGACUACAAAAAGUGCAUCUUUGACACUGCGCCCCCGUUUUGUUUUAAUGCAGGCCAUCUAAAGGUGGAAACCACAGUGGAAAAUAUUACUUCAUAACCAAGAUAGCAAAAAGGCAGAUGAGGUACCAGUUACUAAAUAAUGGACAGCGUUGUCACAUUGAGAAUGCUUGCUCACACUCACCCUCCUGCCCAACCAUAGGCCUGUUUAUCAACAAGAAUCCAGAGAGCGAAAGCAUUGAGGCUCCUUUCCUUAGCUUUUAGAGUAUUUGAACAGCUCUCAUCAUGGCUGCCACUGAAACACUUCUGGGUCACUUUACUCAGGAACCUUCCUAAGCGAAAAAGACUUUUUGGACGCAGCCAGAGUGAGUACAAUCGGUGUCCUCAUCAGUGUCUUUCACUGGGAGGAGUCCUCAUGAGCAUCAAGGUCACUGCAUCAGUUUUACUCAAGUUUUACUUACAAAUGCAUUAUAAAAACGAUAGAAAUGAUGCCUCAUAUCUGUUCCAGAGUCACACACAGAUGUACUAGCACUUUGAGUUAUGAUGAUGAUGAGAAGACCCCCCCCCCCCCCACCCCCAAUAAGUGCCUAUAAAUACAUUCCAUGUUUCUCAAAUGUUGUGCCUUCAUAUUUCUGUAUGACUGAGCAGAUGGAGAUCAAGAUUGUGAAUGAAUGCGUUCUCAGCAGAUGUGCUUUUACUGCAGUAAUGACUUAUUUUGUAAUGGCACAUUGCAGUUAAAACCAAUAAAUGUAUUUGUAUUGAA